UGCAGUUACUUCAUGAUACACUCAUGUUACCAUGAUAGGUAGUUAUAGUAGAUAAGGCUCUCAAACAAAUGUGCAGUUACUUCAUGAUACACUCAUGUUACCAUGAUAGGUAGUUAUAGUAGAUAAGGCUCUCAAACAAAUGUGCAGUUACUUCAUGGUAAUGAAAAAUCUUAUAUUGAAGGAAAAACACUAUAAUGCUGCAGUGUAGUAAUUCAAAUGUGUAUUGUGAUUUUCAGAAACCCUAGAAGCAACCAUUGCAAAAGGUGGUUCAUACAAGCAGUUCAAUUACAACAGAUUAGAAAAUGAGACUCCACUUAAAGAAGUAGGCAAGCCAAGAGAAAGGUCUGAAAAUAAACUUCGUUUCAGAAGCAAAGCUGAGUCUUUAAAAUCAGGAUCUUCUAGAAACUUGAAAAAAAACCAGGAGAAAGAGACUGUGAAAGAGGAGCUUUUAAUAGAUUUGAAUGAUGCCAUAUCUGUAAAAUCUGUUCACACACUUACAGUUACCAGACCUCUAAGCAACAAGGACCGAAUGUCCCAGAGCGUAACAUCUCUGGUGGCUGAUGUCAGUCAAGACACUCCAGUAUAUAGUAAUGUUGAUAUCGCUACAUCAAAACGACCAUCCUCACUGAGCUCUUUUGAUUCUCUUAUAUCAGAAAUGUCAUCUGAUACAAACAAAGAAGAAAUUACUGAUAUUAAGUAUUAUAAUCUCCCAUUUUCGCUUUCUCCACCUAACUUGCAAGUAGAUAGAUAUUAUUCUACUGUGCCUGUUGAUAAUCAACAAGUUUUUGAAAAAACAUCACAAUGUUGUGGGAAGGAAGAAGUGAGUAACUCCAUUUGGGAAAAGUUUCUAGCUUCUAGUUCAGUACACACAAACACAUCCACUUCUGAAGUUCCUAACUGUGUUAAUGAAAUCUCAUCAAGCAACACGGGUUCCUCAAUAGAACAGGCCUAUUUAAGAAAUCCUACAGAAUUUCGUCAGAAGCGUGAUCAAGCAUUUGACUGGUUAAGUGACAAAGUGAGUGAAGUCAGCUUUGAUUUGUUAGGAAAUAAAGAGUCUGGUCCAUCAAGUGUCCACAUGAAAUCCGAACUGGUUGCUGAACUUGAAAAAAAGCUGAGCCAGUCUCAGAAAGAAACAAAUACAAAAGUCACUAAUUUACAACAAUUCUCAACAAAAGGUGAGAAUAAUGAGAAUUAUAUCCAACAGGUUCCGGUUCCACAAGGUAAAACCAUUUCUCGUUUUCCAGAGGAUGUAUCGGAAAUUCAUUCAUCUUUAUCUGCUCCACCUCUACCUCGUGUAGCGCCUAAUAUGGCUCAAGUAAAGCCAUUUCUCAUAAACCCUCCCUACAGUUUCAAGAAUGAAAUAGGUAUUUCCACAACCAGCCAACAGACAAAUAGAAACUUUGGAAUGAUGGGAUUACUUGAGUCAGAUUCUGUUAUUUACACAACAUGUCAGAGCAAGAAUUCUAAUGAAGACAGAGAUGCACUGCUGGAACGUUUGAUUCCUGCAGUACAGGAAGCUGUGAGAGGUGUCAGAAGGGAAGAAUGCCGAGCAGCACUCCAAAGGAAUCGGUUGGACUUGAAAUCCACUGUAAGACACUUACAGGUAGAACAGUUGUUUCGGUUAGGAGUAGCUUCUCACUCACGAUGUGAACAGGUCCUCCAGACCAUGAACUGGGAUGUUGAGCUUGCAGCAUCAAGUUUGCUCGAUGAACUACUGAAAUAAAGUUACAAGUAAAGGCAAGCAUAAAAAGUCAGCAUUCAUCUAAUAUAUACAAGUACCUCCAUAUUUAUUUCUGCUAUGAUGAUUAUAUGGUGUGAAAGUACACACACCUCAAUAAAUCUCUUCUCAAGUGUAUAUUUAGCACAGACUAUGUGAAACUGGAUGUGUUAUUGUGCUUGGAAACAAGCAGAUGCUGUAUAAUCUUGUUAUUUUUUUUUUAUACUUGUUUAUAAACAGUAGGAAAUUGAAUGGACGUGACUACAAGUUAAUGCAAUUAAACCUAGUUUAAUAUACUGUGUUGUAGUCAUUGGUAUAUUGUUAAAUUUGAGUAGGUGAAGUUAUAGGACAGUAGAAGACAUUAGCCUAUGAUAAUACAACCUGUGAACAUCCUUAGGACAUGAAUCUGUACUGUUUUGUAUACUUCAUUAAGUGUGUAGCGAGAUGAUUACGUUAAACCUUACAUGAUACUUAUUUUUAAGUAUAGGUGUAUGUUUUUUCUAUUAGGUUCUGCUUCUGGUAACCCAAGCUACUUAUCUUUGUUUCCAUUUUUCAAAUCCAUCACUGUAUUGCUAGCUACUUAUACUUAGAACUCUGUGUAAUUGUUUUGUGGUAAUUACUUCCUUACACCUAUUCUAGUUAGCUUUAUAACUUGCAAAUUGCAGUUUUAUCCUGGAUUUAGUAUGCUUAAAAGUUGUAUAAAUCUGAUAUACUUCUAACUCACAGGCACCAUAUAUGCAUAUUCUAUUCCUUUUUUUAAGAUCAGUUAAUUUUCUUCAACUCUUUUGUAUAUUGCUUAUUUGGCAGUGUUCAUUAAUUGGUUCAUACAUCUAUCAACAUUAAAGUAGCUAAGAUAAUUUCUUAACCAUUUACCUGUGAAAUCAUUGCUGUAUGUUUAGAGGCAAAGGCCUUAUCUGGCUUUCAGGUUUUGUUAGAGCAUAAUAGUUAGGUAGUGAGUGUAAGACGUGGUUACAAAAUGAUGGAAGACAUUACCUUAUAAGUAUCCUGUUUUUCUCUUUUUGAUCAAUAUUGUACACAGAAGAAUUGUCAGAGUUGGUACACUGGGGCCCUGCUAUAAAGAGGAUCAUGGGGUCCAUGUCGCAAAACCACAUUAUAAGGAGGUCCUUUCAAAAGUGCCAAGGCCUUCUUGGACUCACGGUAAAGUCAUCAGCAAAACAAUUGUAUCAAAUUAUCUCUAGUCAGUAAUGGAGCAGUAGUUCAGAAAGUUUGAUAUUCCAGGUAAAUGUGUUCUUAGCCAUUUUCUUCAACUUGUGUUGUUUUAUGUGUACAAUGUCUUGUUGUAAUUGUCAUUGGGUAUCCUUGUUUGUUUGAGAAAUUUCAGGUUUUCUUCAGUGUUUUUAUGAAAACUCUAAGAUUGUUUAUUUAACUUGAGCUUCUGGACUUUACAUUAAUGAGAACUGUUAUUGUCAUGAUACUCAUUCAUUUGUAGACAGAAAACUUCAGGUCUUGGUUAUGAUGGCAUCCUAGUUUGAGUAAUAAUUUCUUUGAUCUUUGGUAGUGAAAAGGUCAGUUUGUAUUUUCUGUCAUAAGAAACUUGGAUUUUUUCUUGAUUUCUAAAAACUCCCUAAAUGUACUUGUUUGAAAUUUUUUUUUUUGAGAUUCAAUUUCUGGGUAUAGGAACAGAUAGUCAGGUGCCAUCUUUGACUAUUUUAUCUGGCAUGAUAAGAAACUGACGUUACUCAGCAGUUGUUUCAUGUCUGUUAAUACUUAUUAUAAAGUUAAUAUUUUUGUCUUUUCAGACUAUGUAGUGCAAACAUUGGAGUAUUCUUUUAUUUUCUCUACACACACACACAAAAAGAAAGAUGAAUGAGGAUUCAUUUAUCUAUUGUGUAUCAUUUUGCACAUUCAUAAAAUGUUGUUAUUGAUAUCAAGGCCUAGGUAUAACUGAAAAACAAGAACAAAGUAACUUCUCUUAAGAGCUGGAGCAGUAGUUGUAUCAGUGAAUGUGUUACAUAAGUAACUGCACCUGUAAUUCAGCCGUUUGAAUGUGAACUACGGCUGUAUGUCUUGGGUACAUAUUGUUGAACUCUGUUGAUCUUCUAACUUGUACUGUUUUUAUUAAUUUAUUAUCGUGUUCAUUCCUUUCUAGGCUAGAUAUAAGUUUUUGAAUUAUUACUAUGCAUUCUUUCUUGGCUUGAGUUCAGAAUGAGCUUUUUUCUACUUAAUUAUUUAUAAAAAAUGUGAAUAUUUAACUUAGGCUGCAUUUAAUUUUUUUUUUUUGUAGGUACUCCUUAGCUUUUUAUUAACCUGUUUUAAAUUAUUUUUCAAACCAUUUUAGUCAGAUAAUUUCAAUUCAAAUUGAACUAUACUACUUAGAUAUGUAUUUCUAAGCUCAUCAUUUACCAAAUUCAAAAACUUAUUUGACAUUAAUAUCAUUCCCUAGAAGUAUAUGAUUUAAAACCAUUAAGGGGAAAAUAAUGUAAUUUCAAAUCUAAUCAGAAGGUAUAAAAACAUACUCAGUAAAUAGACUUUUUCUGUUAAGAAAUGACGUAAGAGUUCAAGUUAAUUUAAAACCAUUAAGGGGAAAAUAAUGUAAUUUCAAAUCUAAUCAGAAGGUAUAAAAACAUACUCAGUAAAUAGACUUUUUCUGUUAAGAAAUGACGUAAGAGUUCAAGUUAAUAUAAAAUCAUUAUGUAGAUAAUUAUCAUCUGAGCACAAUUUUUGUGGUAAAGUUUCAUCAUUGUUUGAACAUAUGUUUUUGUCUUUAUUGUGGUUACUGUAUAUUUUAUGGUUUCAUUCCAAUGAAUCUUUCUAUUUUAUUUAUUUAUCUAUUUAUCAUAGAUUUACAACAAGCAUAUAUUAUAGAAAUGUAUGUAUUUAAACUGAUCUACAGAUUGGUUGUACAUGUAAACUGAUCAACAGAUUGGUUGUACAUGUAAACUGAUCAACAGAUUGGUUGUACAUGUAAACUGAUCAACAGAAUGGUUAUACAUGUAAACUGAUCAACAGAAUGGUUAUACAUGUAAACUGAUCAACAGAAUGGUUGUACAUGUAAACUGAUUUACAGAUUGGUUGUACAUGUAAACUGAUCAACAGAUUGGUUGUACAUGUAAACUGAUCAACAGAUUGGUUGUACAUGUAAACUGAUCAACAGAAUGGUUAUACAUGUAAACUGAUCAACAGAAUGGUUGUACAUGUAAACUGAUCAACAGAUUGGUUGUACAUGUAAACUGAUUUACAGAUUGGUUGUACAUGUAAACUGAUUUACAGAUUGGUUGUACAUGUAAACUGAUUUACAGAUUGGUUGUACAUGUAAACUGAUUUACAGAUUGGUUGUACAUGUAAACUGAUUUACAGAUUGGUUGUACAUGUAAACUGAUCUACAGAUUGGUUGUACAUGUAAACUGAUCUACAGAUUGGUUACACUUGUAAACUGAUCAACGGAAUGGUUACACUUGUAAACUGAUCAACGGAAUGGUUACACUUGUAAACUGAUCAACGGAAUGGUUACACUUGUAAACUGAUCAACGGAAUGGUUACACUUGUAAACUGAUCAACGGAAUGGUUACACUUGUAAACUGAUCAACGGAAUGGUUGUACAUGUAAACUGAUCAACAGAAUGAUUACACAUGCAUGUUAAUGUAUGGAACAUUAACAGCUGCCACCACUGAAUUUAUUGUGCAGAUUAGUUUAACACACUUGAAGUACUUGCAACCAACAUCGUUUUGAGUUACAGCUUGUUAAUGCUGUGUGACUGCAGAUUAGUGUUAAUGCUUUUCUUGUAACGAUGUUUUUUUUUAUAAGUUGUUGACUGUGUAUGAUCAGCUGUUGAUUGCACAUUGAACAUCAGCUCAGAAAGUACUGCAAUCAUAUGAUAUUUAAUAAAUGCUUGCAUAAUAAAAUAUUAAAAUUUCAGGUAUUACCUUCCAUAACAGUGAAUGUCUGGUGGUUGAAUUUCAUCUAAUAAUGAUAUUCUGCAAGUAUUUCAUUCUUGUAGAUGUUAGCAUACAGUUUGGAGUAUGAUGGAGUAUGGGUUCCCAUUAAUCUAGAGUACUUUCAGUACAUGUAGCAUAAACCGUUGAUCAGUGUGUUUGGUUAAAUGUUGUUUAUUGAUAGAACGUUGUGUGUGUAUUUGUGUUAAUGUUAAUGGUUUUCAUAAAAAAAAAGUUAUAAUUUUGGUUUUUUUAUUCCAGUUAAAUUUUAUGGUGUUUCUGAUGAACUUUUCUUUUGUUCGGCACAUAAGUAACAUUUUUAAUCUUUACUGAUGUGGUUCUGUCUAUAGUAGUAAUGUUUGUUUUGGUUUUCAAGUAGAAAGCAUGAAAGUAACAUUCUUUCUUGUUCUAUAUGAUAAUAAUAAGCUUUCAGAAAAUAUUAGAGCAUAUUUUUUAACUUCAGUGCAGCAUGCUUAUAUGUUCACGGCACUAGUUUUGUAACAUGAUAUAUUAAAUCAGAUUUUUAUGGUGAGAUGUUAACCUUUACAUCUACAGAGCUGAAAAUGCUCGAUUACCAUGCUUCUAAAUUACAUUAAACUAAACUACAGAACAUGUGAAGUAGGAAUUAACAUUAAAAUCGUGUACUUGUCAUGUUGUUUCAUGAGGGAGUUAAAUCCACAUUGCAAGAUAAAAAUGUGCUUCUGGAAAAAUAGAAGUUGGGACAGAUAACGUUAUCAAAAUUUAAUAUCCAUUGUUAAACUUGUACAAUUUUUCAACCUGUUGUUAUCCUGUGAUUUGUUUUCACCAAACACUUAAAUUUAGAAAUUUUACAUUUUGUAAAAGGUGUGUUUACCGUAUGAUUACUGGUAAAAGAAAUUAUAACAUCAAGAAAUUAACCCAAAAAAUUUCAACUUGUACUCAUGUGAAUGUAUUAAUAUUAUUACUUUAUUUUUUUCCCCAUCUGCCAGUAAAUGUUGCAGGGAGAUACGGCUACAAUUCUAAGGUAAAGUGAGAGGUCUGGGUCAGUGUAAGGCUGUGUUUAGUCCGAGUCUCCGUCACACCUCCAAUCCACCUUUUCCCAAGUCGCCCUCUUGCUUUGAAUCCUGUUAUUUUCAUAUUACGUGCUUGUGCUGCUGGUUGGUUGGGCUGCAUUCUCACUGUGUGGCCAAAUCACUUAAUUCCUUGCUUUUCAAAUGCAUUAUUAUUGAAAUGUUUAACCCUUUCAAUACGAGUGCCUGUAACUUACAGGGGUCUUUCACUUGUGCAACAAUACGUACUGUAACUCUGAGAUUUCUUAACGUAUCCUCACGGAGUUUGUUAAAGAUUAUAAGUAUCAUAUACACAAAGAAUGAAGUUGUUUUGAUUUUCUACUAAAAAUAUGUUAUUUAUCUAUUGUAGUUAUUUACACUCAAGUGCAACAUGAUUUUAUUUUUAAGUUUUACAGUACUUUUCUUCAUGUUAUAGUUUUCAUAUUUUAUUUUUCAUUUUCUCUACCCUAUUACUAACUACAGAUAUUAUCAUAAACAUACACUGCAAUGAAAUGUUUAAAAUCAAGAAAUAGGAAAGUAUACGUACCUUUUAAUUUUUCAUAGAAUAUCUUAAAAAAUCUUCUUUUGGUGAUAUUUAUAUAUUCGUGUCUUUUCCUUUUCAUAUAUAGUUAAUUCUUAAUGUUUUAUUUUCCUUUCCUGUCCUUUAUUACUCACCUUGGAACAAGUCAACAGUGCUCUUGGAGCAUAAUUACAGUAUCUCCAGCAGAGAUGCACAAGCCAUUGGCAAAAUUAUUUUACCUUCGUGCAAGAUCUUAAGUUUUGAGAUCUCAUACGAUGUCUGAUGCAUACUUAAAAAAUGUUUAAACCUUUCAGUUAUGCAUUUUAGAACAUAAAUAAUACAUAAUUUACUAAGAUAUGAAAGUAAAACCUAAAUACAAUUUAAUUAUCUCUAUAACUAUAACAUAUUUACAUAAGAAAAACUAAGUACUUUUGUGGAUAAAGCAGCCAGUUACAUGUACCACAUGAUGACAACUGAGCACCGUUUUAAAAAUAACCACUGUUGGAUUAUAGUGUAAAAUGAUCACUUUCUAAUGACAAUAAACAUGUAUAUGUAGCAACUACAUGUAGCAACCCACAUGACAACACAACUGAAGUUUUAAGUAUCUUUCAUAAGGUUUCUAUUAAAACAAAGAAAUUAAAACUUUGAAUCAUAAAAUAUAUUAUAAUGUUAAUUUCAUUCACAUACAUUGAUAGUAAAGUUGUUUAAUUAAAUUUUUAAUGUAACUCAGUGACUUGCACAGAAAAGUGUUUGAAAGGGUUAAAUAAGUCUUUAACGUUUCAUCUUUGCUGUGUAUGUUACUAUAAUUUCUGAUAUAGGUAACUCUAACAAGUUGCUUAGCAAAUACUCUAGUUAAGACUCAUAGUAGGUUAUUUACUCUAGAUAUGGACUAUGCAGGCCUCGUUACUCCAUUUAUAAUAGUAUAAUGCUGUAAGUUCACCAUGUUUCAGUGUUUUUAUGUAUUAUAAAUAUAGCUGAAGUAUAAGUACCUUAAUCUUUGUUCAUUUGUAUAUCAUUGCCACUAAAUAUGAACAUAAUUUGAACUUACCCUUAUUUUAGUGUAUUUUCAGAGAAUUCAGCAGUAUUACUUUAACUUUUAUUAAGUGAUCAAACCAUAUAUUCAGAGUUUCAUUACACAUUUUUAAGAACUGUUAGAAAACUAGUUGCCGAAAAUGAUCAUGAAUUAAGUGACUGAUUUAGUUGUUAAUUUAUGUGAAUUUACUGUAUAGUAGAAUUAACAGUAGGUUUUUAUUCAAGGCCUGUUUUCUUAGUCCCAAACUUCUAUCAUGUAUUAUACUCAAGCAUUAUUAUCAUAACAUUGAAUUAAAAAUAAAUGUUUCAAAGAAACUUGUCUUAUUAUUGAAACGAAAUAAGUUGUGAUGUUUUAAUGUCCCAACUUUUAUUCUCAUAGUGAAAUCACUGGAUAAAACAGUUAAUACAUUGUGUAAUUCUUUGUGCUGAAUUAUCAGAAUCAGCCCAAGGAGUUUAAACGUAAAUUAGCCGAUUUAGUAGUGUUGCUUAGGAGCUGUUUACACAUCGAACGCCCCAGAGAAAAAUGUGGCUUUUAAACCCUUUCAUUCUAGCAAGGGAAAAAUUUAAUUGUUAGCUAAUUAAUACAUGGCAUGUUUUGAAAACAAAUGCAGGUACAGUUUCACAGUUCUGAGAAUACAAAUACCUGCUUGGAGCUGAAAAAGUAUCCUUAGCUUAAAGGUUAUCAACUCUGCCUUUUUCCACACCAAUGGAAGAGAAUCAUUUAGGUUUGUAUUAUUAAUGUGGGGCAAAUAUCUGAUGCUAAUGGUUACAAUAAGCAAAUCUGUCAAAUAUUUUAAUAGGUUGUGUAAACACUACCAAAAAUAAAAUAGAUGUUUUUGUUGUAAGCAAUGAAUGGAGUAUAAUCUGAGAGAUUUUUUCAGGACUAAAACACUAGCUUGAAACCUUUAUUCAAGAAAAUUGGCAAAAACUUUUGCUUUGUAUGUUAAUGUAAUGAAUAUAUUGUAGUACACUUUUAAUAGUGAGACUGUAUUUAUAGAAGCACAUACAUGCAAGAAAUUAGAGCUUUACAAGAGCUUCCUCAGGUGAACGUUGUGAUGGAUCUUUGUGUUUACACUUUAUCGAAUGUUAUUUGUUCAAUAAAUUUUGUUAGCUUGUAAA